CCCAUAAUCAUGUGACCCACGUGCGGUCGCUUUAGCCUCUGCUGCACCUGUUUCCACUAUUAUCCACAGCGGAGAUCUGUCUCCUCUGCUCGCGUGGACAGCUGGGAGAAGAAGAAGAUGAUGGACACCACUACGGACCAGGGAGCUCAGGUUAAUUCUUCCUUUGGUUCACCAGUUGGAUGCAGAAGUUUGAGAAAUGACGACGAGGCCGUGGUGGACAGAGGAGGGACACGUUCCCAACAGAGGGCCAACUUUGAGCAGGAAGAUCUUGAAGGUCACAGGACUCUCUACAUCGGUGUCCACAUCCCCAUGGGCAGUACCAGGCACCACAGCCAGCGCAGGCGCCAUCACCAUGGAAACAAGCACAGAAGGAAGAGCAGGGACCGGGCCCUCACCUUGGUUGAGGGGAGAGAGUCUCCUCUUUACGACACUCCAUCCCAGAGAGUGCAGUUCCUGCUCGGAGCGGAGGACGACGACGAGGAGCACAUUCCCCAUGACCUCUUCACAGAGAUGGAUGAGAUCUGUGUGAGGGAUGGAGAGGAUUCUGGGUGGAGGGAAACUGCCAGGUGGCUGAAGUUUGAGGAGGAUGUUGAGGACGGAGGAGAGCGGUGGAGCAAACCCUACGUGGCCACGCUGUCACUGCACAGUCUGUUUGAGCUGCGCAGCUGCAUUAUCAACGGCACUGUGCUGCUCGACAUGAGGGCCAAAACUAUGGAUGAGAUUGCAGACCUGGUCCUGGACCAUCAGGAGUUACUCUCACCACUGGGUGAUGAGCUCAGAAAGAAAGUCCGGGAGACAUUUUUGAAGCAGCACCAUCAUCAGAACCAGAAGAAACUGGCUAACCGCCUUCCUAUUGUACGCUCACUCGCCGACAUGGGGCGACGGGCAUCAGAGCUUUACUUGGACAAGAAUGGUCAGAUGAUGUCUUCCCAGUCUCAGUUAGCGGGUCAGGAUGGAAAAGGAGACGCCAGUAGAGAGAACAGUUCUUUUGACUUCAGCAAGAUAGACCUUCAUUUCAUGAAGAAGAUUCCACCAGGUGCUGAAGCCUGUAACGUGUUAGUGGGAGAGCUGGAUUUUCUCAACAAACCAGUGGUGGCGUUUGUUCGUCUUUCCCCAGCGGUUCUACUCAGUGGUCUGGCUGAAGUUCCCAUCGCUACAAGGUUUCUGUUCAUUCUCCUGGGGCCCUUGGGUAGAGGCCUUCAGUAUCAUGAGAUUGGCAGGUCCAUUGCAACACUUAUGACAGAUGAGGUUUUCCAUGAUGUUGCAUAUAAAGCUAAAGAUCGAAAUGAUCUGAUCGCCGGGAUUGAUGAAUUUCUUGAUCAGGUGACAGUUCUGCCUCCAGGAGAGUGGGACCCGUCUAUACGGAUCGAGCCACCAAAAAAUGUACCAUCUCAGGAGAAGAGGAAGAAAAACAACAUUUUACCCAAUGGUUUAGCUGACGGGGAUGAGGAGGAUGAAAACAGUGGUCACUGUGGCCCAGAACUGCAGCGCACUGGAAGAUGGUUUGGUGGACUCAUUCUCGAUAUCAAGCGAAAGGCACCGUCCUACCUGUCUGACUACACUGAUGCUAUGAGUUUGCAGUGCAUCGCCUCUUUCCUGUUCCUCUACUGCGCCUGCAUGUCUCCUGUCAUCACCUUCGGAGGACUACUGGGCGAGGCAACAGAAGGACGCAUUAGUGCAAUUGAAUCGCUGUUUGGAGCCUCGCUGACUGGAAUAGCCUAUUCCCUCUUUGCUGGGCAGCCUCUCACCAUUCUGGGCAGCACAGGACCGGUGCUUGUAUUUGAAAAGAUAUUAUUCCAAUUUUGCAAGCAGUAUGGUUUAUCCUAUCUGUCACUGAGGACAUGUAUUGGUCUGUGGACAGCUUUCCUCUGUCUUGUGCUGGUGGCCACAGACGCCAGUUCCCUCGUCCGUUACAUCACGCGCUUCACGGAGGAAGCGUUCGCCUCACUCAUCUGCAUCAUCUUCAUCUACGAGGCGCUGGAGAAACUUUUCCACCUGGGGGAUCACUAUCCCUUCAAUAAGAACAACAACCUGGACAAACUCACCACAUACUCAUGCUCUUGUGUUGAGCCUUCUGACCUCAACAAUGGCACCAUGAAGUUCUGGGAGCUCAACAACGUCACUCCCUCAGAAAUCUACUGGGAGGCGCUGGAGGUCAAGGACUGCAUUGAGAAGCGAGGCGAGUUUGUGGGCAGCGCCUGUGGCCCACAUGGGCCCUAUGUUCCCGAUGUCCUCUUCUGGUGUGUUAUUCUCUUCUUUUCCACUGUCUUCAUGUCCGCCUUCCUAAAGGAGUUCAGGUUCAGCAAUUACUUUCCCACAAAGGUGAGGGCCGUCAUUAGUGACUUUGCUGUUGUCUUCACCAUCGUUACUAUGGUCUUAGUCGACUACACCUUAGGGAUUCCCUCUCCAAAGCUUAAUGUUCCCAGUGUGUUUAAGCCAACUAGGGAUGAUCGAGGUUGGUUCAUCAACCCGCUGGGGCGCAACCCCUGGUGGACGGCAGUCGUCACAUUGAUACCGGCUCUACUUUGCACCAUUCUCAUUUUCAUGGACCAGCAGAUCACUGCUGUCAUCAUCAACAGGAAGGAGCACAAGCUCAAGAAAGGCUGUGGGUACCACCUGGAUCUGUUCGUGGUGGGGGUGAUGCUUGGUGUGUGCUCCUUGAUGGGUUUGCCGUGGUUCGUGGCAGCCACUGUCCUCUCCAUCAGCCACGUCAACAGCCUAAAGCUCGAGUCCGAGUGCUCAGCGCCCGGUGAGCAGCCCAAGUUCCUCGGCAUCAGAGAGCAACGCUUCACUGGCCUCAUGAUCUUCACUCUGAUGGGCUGCUCUGUCUUUAUGACAUCUGUGCUGAAGUUCAUCCCUAUGCCUGUGUUGUAUGGAGUGUUCCUUUACAUGGGAGCGUCUUCUCUGCGAGGAAUUCAGUUCUUUGACCGUCUGACACUGUACUGCAUGCCGGCCAAGCACCAGCCAGACUUCAUCUAUCUCCGACAUGUGCCCCUGAGGAAGGUGCACCUGUUCACCAUCAUUCAGCUCAGCUGUUUGGUUCUGCUCUGGGUCAUCAAGACCUCCAGGGCUGCCAUCGUCUUCCCGAUGAUGGUCUUAGCUCUCGUGUUCAUCAGGAAGUUGAUGGACUGCGUCUUCACCAAGAGAGAGCUGAGCUGGCUGGACGACCUCAUGCCAGAGAGCAAGAAGAAGAAGCUUGAGGAUGCUGAAGAGGAGGAGGAGGAGCAGAGUAUACUGGCAGAAGAUGAGGGAGUAGAACAAAUGCCGUUAGACGGGUACAAAGGAUUACCCGUCAUCAACAUCACAGAUGAAAUGUCAAAAGGCUCCUUUGGAAAUACAUGGAAUGCCAACAGUUCUUUUCUGUGAAUUCUCGGUCUGUGUUGAGGGCAGACCAAGAAUCUUGCAGAUUAUGAUGGUUUUGAUGUUCUACAGAUGACAGCUUAGAGAUGUGGAACAUCCCUCGGCAUGUCAAGCUGCUGGCUCAUGUGGAUUAUUGUUUACAGUGCCAGGAGGAUCUCAAGUGUGUCGACCCAGUCGUCGCCGCCACUGAGUCCAACUGGAAUGACAUAAUAUCCUCUCAUUUAGCUUAGCCUUCCCUCCUUGUUGAGCUGUCAGAGCGUCACUGGG